AGCCACCGGCUCCCCCGUGUCCGCCGCCGCCGCUGUCCGCCGCGCCCGCCACUUCCGGGGCCGCAGUCCCGGGCAUGGAGCCUCUAGUGUGAGGCGCCUCCGGCCCCGGGACGCCCUUCCCAGCCGGGCCGCCGCCCCGCGCCGGCCCCGAGCCCGGGUCUGUAUCCCACGCCCGCAGCCGGAAUGGAGGCUUUCUGGACCCUUUAGAAGGCUCCCCCACACCCUCCUGAGGUCAGCCGAGUGGUUAAUGCGGAAGGUUAAGAAGCUCCGGCUGGACCACGACCACACAGAAGGUUGGAAAAGUCUCUCUGCACUUCUGGGGAAGAGAGAGGUGAGUGGAGACCAAGUCAUAGCACCGAGCCUUGGCCUGUCUGGGAGCUCAGACCGCCUGGCCACCUCUAGAAGAUUCCUAGAAGUUUCUCCCGAUGUUUCAUUUCAUUUCUCAUCUCCUGGAUCACAUUUUUGCUCCCUGGGCGCUCUGCGGUGAUCGGAGCCUGUCGCUGAGUUCUGAGGGGACAGAGAGGAUGGCCACCGGGGCGGCCGCGUCCGAGCGGGGUGGCGCGGCCGAGCUGGCGGACCCGGCGUCCCACUUCCGGGUGCAGAAGCACUCGUGGGAGGGGCUGCGCAGCAUCAUCCACGGCAGCCGCAAGAACUCGGGCCUCAUCGUCAACAAGGCUCCGCAUGACUUCCAGUUUGUGCAGAAGACGGACGAGUCCGGCCCCCACUCCCACCGCCUCUACUACCUGGGGAUGCCUUACGGCAGCCGCGAGAACUCCCUCCUCUACUCAGAGAUCCCCAGGAAGGUCCGGAAGGAGGCCCUGCUGCUCCUGUCCUGGAAACAAAUGCUGGAUCACUUCCAGGCCACUCCCCAGCACGGAGUCUACUCUCGAGAGGAGGAGCUCCUUCGGGAGCGGAAGCGCCUGGGGGUCUUCGGCAUCACCUCCUACGACUUCCACAGCGAGAGUGGCCUCUUCCUAUUCCAGGCCAGCAACAGCCUCUUUCACUGUCGCGACGGGGGCAAAAAUGGCUUCAUGGUGUCCCCCAUGAAGCCCCUGGAGAUCAAGACCCAGUGCACCGGGCCCCGCAUGGACCCCAAGAUCUGCCCUGCUGACCCUGCCUUCUUCUCCUUCAUCAACAAUAACGACCUGUGGGUGGCCAACCUUGAGACGGGCGAGGAGCGGCGGCUGACCUUCUGCCACAGAGGCUCACCCAGUGUCCUCGACGACCCUAGGUCCGCGGGUGUGGCCACCUUCGUCAUCCAGGAAGAAUUCGACCGCUUCACCGGCUACUGGUGGUGCCCUGCUGCCUCCCGGGAGGGUCCUGAAGGCUGCAAGACGCUGCGGAUCUUGUACGAGGAAGUUGACGAGUCCGAGGUGGAGAUCAUUCACGUGCCCUCUCCUGCGCUGGAGGAAAGGAAGACGGAUUCCUACCGCUACCCCAGGACAGGCAGCAAGAACCCCAAGAUCGCCCUCAAGCUGGCCGAGUUUCAGACCGACAGCCAGGGCAAGAUCGUGGCGGCCCAGGAGAAGGAGCUGGUGCAGCCCUUCAGCACGCUCUUCCCCAGGGUGGAGUACAUCGCCAGGGCCGGCUGGACCCGGGACGGCAAAUAUGCCUGGGCUAUGUUCCUGGACCGGCCCCAGCAGCGGCUCCAGCUCGUCCUCCUCCCCCCGGCCCUGUUCAUCCCCGCCACCGAGAGCGAGGAGGAGCGGGCGGCCUUGGCCAGAGCCGUGCCCAGGGACGUCCAGCCAUACGUGGUGUACGAGGAGGUCACCGAUGUGUGGAUCAACGUUCACGACAUCUUCUACCCCUUCCCCCAGUCAGAGGGAGAGGGCGAGCUCUGCUUCAUCCGAGCCAACGAGUGCAAGACUGGCUUCUGCCACUUGUACAAGGUCACCGCCAUCUUAAAGCCCAGUGGCUACGACUGGAGUGAGCCCUUCAGCCCCGGGGAAGAUGAAUUUAAAUGCCCCAUCAAGGAGGAGAUCGCGCUGACUAGCGGCGAGUGGGAGGUUUUGGCGAGGCACGGCUCCAAGAUCUGGGUCAACGAGGAGACCAAGCUGGUGUACUUCCAAGGUACAAAGGACACGCCCCUGGAGCACCACCUGUAUGCGGUCAGCUACGAGUCCGCUGGCGAGAUCGUGCGCCUGACCACGCCUGGCUUCUCCCACAGCUGCUCCAUGAGCCAGAACUUCGACAUGUUCAUCAGCCACUACAGCAGUGUGGGCACGCCGCCCUGCGUGCACGUCUAUAAGCUGAGCGGCCCCGACGACGACCCUCUGCACAAGCAGCCCCGGUUCUGGGCCAGCAUGAUGGAGGCAGCCAGCUGCCCCCCGGACUACGUGCCCCCGGAAAUCUUCCACUUCCACACGCGGUCGGACGUGCAGCUGUACGGCAUGGUCUACAAGCCGCACUCCGUGCAGCCCGGACAGAAGCACCCCACUGUUCUCUUUGUGUACGGAGGCCCCCAGGUGCAGCUGGUGAAUAACUCCUUCAAAGGAAUCAAGUACUUGCGGCUCAACACGCUGGCGUCCCUGGGCUAUGCCGUGGUCGUGAUUGACGGCAGGGGCUCGUGUCAGCGAGGGCUUCGGUUCGAAGGGGCCCUGAAGAACCAAAUGGGCCAGGUGGAGAUCGAGGACCAGGUCGAGGGAUUGCAGUUCGUGGCCGAGAAGUACGGCUUCGUGGACCUGAGCCGGGUCGCCAUCCACGGCUGGUCGUAUGGAGGCUUCCUGUCGCUUAUGGGGCUGAUCCACAAACCCCAGGUGUUCAAGGUGGCCAUCGCAGGCGCCCCGGUCACGGUGUGGAUGGCCUACGACACUGGGUACACUGAGCGCUACAUGGAUGUCCCAGAGAACAACCAGCUUGGCUACGAGGCGGGUUCGGUCGCUCUGCACGUGGAGAAGCUGCCCAAUGAGCCCAACCGCCUGCUGAUCCUGCACGGCUUCCUGGAUGAGAACGUGCACUUUUUCCACACAAACUUCCUCGUCUCCCAGCUGAUCCGAGCCGGAAAACCUUACCAGCUCCAGAUCUACCCCAACGAGAGACACAGCAUCCGCUGCCCGGAGUCCGGCGAGCACUAUGAAGUCACGCUGCUGCACUUUCUACAGGAAUACCUCUGAGCCCCUGAGGCCUGGGGCCUGCACCUUCAGAGCACAAGUGGCUUCGCCGCCGCCGCUGAGGGAGCGGGCGGGAGGGGCGAGUGCCCCCCCCAAGGCCCCUCCCCGCAGCUCCUUCUCCCUCGGCCCCGCUGGACAGCCCCACCCCGGGGGCCUCCGCCUUCGCUGACCCCGCGCCUUUUAUCAUUGUUUUAAUGCUCCUGGCUGUUCUGCCUGCUGCUUCUCGGUCGGUCGCCAGAGUGGCGAGAUGAGGCCCAAGUCCAAGAGGCACGUCCUCAGGCCACCCCCUCCUCUCCAAGUUGUCCGGGAGCCCCGACUCCAUGGGACACGGCGGGGGGGUGGGGAGACAGGGGCCGAAGACACUGGGAGGGGCCGGGCCUCCAUCGCGAGCCUCCCCCCCACCCUGGCCCCAGGACGCCCAGCGGCCACAUGGCCACACGGAAGCAUGCGACUGCCUUUCCCUCCAGCCCCGCCCACUUCAUGUUGCGUUUUGUUCGGGGGCGUUUUUUGACGAUUAUUUAAAAGACCGAGCAGAGGGUGCCUAAUCCGGGGAUGGGGUCCACCGCCAGCACCUGGUGGGCACCCUUCCUCCCCGCCCGGCUCUGGAGCCACCUGCGCACACCCCCGGGCUCAGAGCCCGGGAUGGAGCCGCCCCGCCUCAGGGUUCUCCUCACCCUUCCCCUCCCGCCAGGACUUCUGCUGGGGGGGCGGGCAAAAAGAAAAACAAGCAAAAAACUAUAACAAAAACCACACACACACACAAACGAGAAACCCCACCAGAAACGAACCACCUCUACAUAUUAUGGAAAGAAAAUAUUUUUGUCAAUUCUUAUUCUUUUAUAAUUAUGCGUGUAAGAAGUAGACUCAUUAAACAGUUCCAGACAGAA